AAUCUUGUUUGGAAAUGGAAAAGAGUUUUUUUUUACUUCUCGAUCGUUUGCUAUACGUUAUCUAGACGCUCUAUACAAAAUUCAAACAUCUUCAUCUGGCACGUUUCACUCACUCUAUCUCUCCUUCUUGGAACAUUGUCAAAAUGACAUUUGAUCCGCAUGUGGUCCAAGUUGGUAGCGAGCUGCACGUUCAGUGUAGCAUUGCGAGUAUUGAGACACGCACGAGAGUCGUUCUAGGUGCGUGAUCUUGCACGCUAACAAAGAUAAGAGUUUAUCGAGAGCAUGGAGAAACCUAUAGUGCGAGCGAGAGUGGUAAAGGUCCUCGGCAGGACGGGAUCUCAAGGACAAUGCACGCAGGUCAAAGUAGAAUUUCUGAACGAGCAAAACAGGCAGCUCAUCCGAAAUGUCAAAGGUCCCGUGCGCGAAGGAGAUAUUCUGACGUUGCUGGAAUCCGAACGAGAGGCCAGAAGACUCCGUUGAACUGCAGGAAGUAAUCGUCGCGUGUCUUAUGGAAAACUGGUGAUGCGUUAGAAGAUCCGCGCCCUGAAAUUAUGUCUUAAUAUUCUGGCGACAAACACGAUGACGAAGUCAAGGAAAAAAAAGAGUUACCAUCGGUUCUUGUGAAUUCAUUACUUACUUUUUGUGAAAUUUUGAAACAAUGUAUCAAAAAAAAGGCAGCACACAUGUGUUGUAUUUUUAUAUUUGCAAAAAGUGGAGAUUUCUUACUACUGUAUGUGGCUUCUAUUUUUUAUCUUUCCACUUUUAACGUACCAAUAAACUAAUUUAACAUGUACAAGUUUUAUUAUAUUUUUUUACGUGCCGCAGACAUAAAACUACUCAUAUAUUUCUCAUAAGACUAAAAAUAGUAGCGGUUUGCCCGAUGCGUUCGUAGUUCUCAAAAUAUUCACGAUUAAAUUUAACCGGACCCAAAUGCACCUCGUUCCUCAAUCGCAAGAUGGUGACAGAAUGCUUAAGAAUCUUUACGACUCUUGUUAUAUAAAGAGAUCACAAAAGCUUUCAAAAUAUUUAUUUAAUAGGGUAAUUUACUUCUUGUAAAAAAUGAUUAAAAAUAAAACAUAUCUUUGCAACGUA